AUGGCACCCUUAUCUCCACAAGAUCUUUUUAAUAUAGCUAAGAUUGAAGAAGGACGUGACAAACAACAGAUAAGAAAUUUAAAUCAAAUCACAAAACAUAAUGCUGAGAGAGCACUUGAAUUGCAAAGUUUACGUGAAGACCUUAAUUUUUUUGAUUGGGACCAAUGUUUUAUGGAAGAAAAGCUCAAUUCCAACAUCUUCCAUCCUUCAUUUGCCUCUCAUAUAACUGAUUUUGAUGAAACAACUAAAUGUCUUGCAUGUCAUUCAUUUCCAAAAUGUACUGCCAGAGGUCUUUGUAAGUUAUGCAGAUUUUAUGUUGAUAAUGGACUGAAGAGCCAAAUUGUUGAUAAAAAUUAUCAAUCAAAAAUUGAAGUCUUGGAGAAAAUUGAUUUAGAGACAAUGUGUGAAUCAGCACUUAAUGGAAUUUUUGGUUUUUCAGACUUUCGUGAUGGACAAAAAGAUGCAAUCUUAUCUUUUGCUCAAAAUCAUGAUACUCUUGUUCUGAAACAAACAGGUGGUGGCAAAAAAAUUGUGGCACGUCUUGGUAUAAACCAUCAAAAAAUAUUAGUAAUUUGUGAUAAAUAUUUUGGAAAUAAUUCAAUUAUUUUCCAAGUACAAAAAAGAAGGGACAAUAAAGAACAAUUCUUGGAAGAUAUUCUGAGGGCUAUUAAUGAAGUUGAAGUUGGAAAAUGCAUUAUUUAUUGUGCAUCUGUAAAAGGAUGUGAGAAUUUAUUAUCAGAUCUCCAAGACAAGGUUGCAAAAGAAAUAAUUACCAUGUAUCAUGGUGAAUUAUCUGCUAAAGAAAAGUCCACAAAAACAAUAGUGAUGUUCAAUAGAAAAGAUAUUAGAACAGUUAUGGGAAUUUAUUCAGGAAGACAGGAAAGAAUGGCUGAUAAUCCAAGUUUUGUAAAUGUUAAAUCAAAUAUGCAAAAGAUGUUAGAGGUUAUAGAUGCAAUUAGUAAGGUAAAACAACAGGUAAGUAGGAAUGAUGUUGUAGAUGUAUUUAGACAAUCACAGGCAAAGGAUAUAAAAAAUCAGUUUGGUCAUUUGCCAGUAUAUCAGGAAAAAUUUCCAAGAAUCUUAAAAACAAAAGAAGAUGCCUUUUUACUAUUGGAUGAUUUAGUUUUACGUAAAUUAGUUGAAGAAGAUAUUGUAUUGACUAGGUCAUCAGCAGGUCAAACUUGUGUUUGUAGUGUUUCUAUUCUUGGCCUUACUGAAGAUGCAUUUGCAAAAGCCAAUAAUCAAAAUUGGAUAUAUCUGAUAAAAUAA